GAAGGAGAAACUCCGAGGCAGGCCGGCCGGCUCGUGCGCCUCUCUGGCCCAAUCCCGGGCUCUCCCUCCCUCCCUCCCUCCCUUCCUUCCGGGCCUAGUCUCUCCAUCCUCCUCGCGCCCUCUUUUUCUUCCCCCCGCCCGUCGGAGGCUGGCGGAGGGAUGACGUCACCGGAUCAGGCUGACCGGCAAUGGGCGCCAUUUUGAAACCCCCAAACCUCCGGCGGCGGCGGCGGCGCUGGCCGCCACAGCAGAAGCAGCGGCAGAAGCGGAAGCCGAAGCGGCGUCUCUAGCCUCCCGCCCCGGUGGGUGCCUGGGCCUCGCGGGCUUGGCAGAAGGGCUAGUCUCCGGCCGGCACGCGCCGCGCGACAUGGCAGGAGUGGCCGGCGGAGGAGGAGGAGGAGGCGGCGGCGGCAGCAACGACUUCCAGUGGUGCUUUUCCCAGGUCAAGGGGGCCAUCGACGAGGACGUGGCGGAAGCUGACAUUAUCUCAACAGUUGAAUUUAAUUACUCUGGAGAUCUUCUUGCAACAGGAGACAAAGGUGGCAGAGUGGUUAUAUUUCAAAGGGAACCAGAGAAUAAAAGCCGUCCUCAUUCAAGGGGGGAAUAUAAUGUUUACAGUACGUUUCAGAGUCAUGAACCUGAGUUUGACUACUUGAAAAGUCUAGAAAUUGAGGAAAAAAUUAACAAAAUUAGGUGGUUACCACAACAAAAUGCUGCUCACUUCUUAUUAUCUACAAAUGAUAAAACUAUUAAAUUAUGGAAAAUCAGUGAAAGGGAUAAAAGAGCUGAAGGGUAUAACUUAAAAGAUGAAGAUGGAAGACUCCGAGAUCCAUUUAGAAUCACAGCACUCCGGGUGCCAAUACUGAAACCUAUGGACCUGAUGGUAGAAGCGAGUCCCCGAAGGAUAUUUGCAAAUGCACACACGUAUCACAUAAACUCUAUUUCAGUAAAUAGUGAUCAUGAAACAUACCUUUCUGCUGAUGACCUAAGAAUCAACCUGUGGCAUUUAGAAAUCACAGAUAGAAGUUUUAACAUUGUAGAUAUAAAACCUGCUAACAUGGAAGAACUGACAGAGGUCAUAACUGCAGCAGAAUUCCACCCUCAUCAUUGUAACGUAUUUGUCUACAGCAGUAGCAAAGGAACUAUACGUCUCUGUGAUAUGCGUUCGUCAGCCCUUUGUGAUAGACAUUCAAAAUUCUUUGAGGAGCCCGAAGAUCCCAGCAGCCGAUCCUUCUUUUCAGAAAUAAUUUCCUCAAUAUCAGAUGUAAAGUUCAGUCACAGUGGUCGAUAUAUGAUGACCAGAGACUACCUUUCRGUUAAAGUAUGGGAUCUCAAUAUGGAAAACAGGCCCGUAGAGACCUAUCAGGUUCAUGAAUAUCUUCGAAGCAAACUUUGUUCACUUUAUGAGAAUGACUGCAUCUUUGACAAGUUUGAGUGCUGCUGGAAUGGUUCCGAUAGCGCCAUUAUGACUGGCUCAUACAACAACUUCUUUAGGAUGUUUGAUCGAAACACACGGCGAGACAUAACAUUAGAAGCAUCGAGAGAAAGUAGCAAACCUCGUGCUAUCUUAAAGCCCCGGAAAGUGUGCACAGGUGGCAAGAGGAAGAAAGAUGAAAUAAGUGUUGACAGUCUGGACUUCAACAAGAAGAUCCUCCAUACAGCAUGGCACCCUGCAGAAAACAUCAUUGCUGUAGCUGCCACCAAUAACUUGUAUAUAUUCCAGGACAAAAUUAAUUAAAGGCGGCAUAUUCGAGGACAAAGUUGUCGUCUUGCAUAGUUAAGCUSAGUUGUUUAUAUGUCAGAGAUGGCCUUCUUGUCCUUCCAGUAAAGAACAUUGAUGCACUUAUUUCCCUUUAUAGRUAAAGGAGAGAAGCUGGYCUGGACUUGAGUUCAUGGUGUAUUUCUGCCUUCAGUGURGGGGGAACAU